UCGCGUGCUUUACACACCAGGAACAGGAAGUGAUGGACUGUUAUGAAGAGUGAGUUUUGGAAUACAGUCACGGUUCGGAAGGUGCUUCUUCAAACAUGUAUAUCUUCCAGGUGGCUGCGUUAUUGAUAGCGUUGCUAUAUUAUGGCAAUGCUCAAACGUCUACUGUCGCUGUGAACCACACCAUCCUGGGUUCAGAGCUGAGCGCAGACGGAUUGAAGCAGCUCGCUGCGAUAGUGGCGCCGCAGUCGCCGGUGUUUCACCCUAGCCGCGGUUCCUAUUUUUCUCUCAAUCUGUUGUCGGCGUUUCCAGAAGAUCUGGAGGUCAGCGAUUACUGCGUCGAGCUGCUGGCUAUCUUUGGGCAGCGUUAUUCAACAUAUGUAAAUUGUUUGGUCUCCGCCGCGCGUCCUGUCAAAGUGUGCCAAAAUUGUUAUGGUUCCUACGACAACCUUAUGGACAUUUACACAAACAUAUCAUCAGACCAGAUGGGCCCAGGGAAUGUGAGCUGCAGAGACAGCCUCCUGCGUUCUGAUAGGCUGAUGUUGGUGUUCCUGCUCUACAACAACCUGGAGGACAUCUGGACUGGUUCAGAAUGUAACAGUUGUGUAAGCCUGGGACUCCACAGCCUGACCAAUGACACCCUUUACUUCAUGGCCACUCUCAACCAGUCCCUCAGAUGUUUUGAGAAGUUCCAACAGGGGAACCACUCAGCGCUAUGUAAGGAGUGCAAGGCCACAUACAGAGGACUGAAUGAGCUGUACAGCCGCAUGGAGAAGAAUCGCACACUCUGCAUAGACAUUGAGGACUCUAUGAAUAUGACCCGCAGACUGUGGAGCAAGAAUUUCAAUUGUUCCUUCCCCCGGGCAGAGAAUGUUCCUGUCAUCGCCGUGUCCAGCUUCAUGCUCUUUCUGCCCAUCAUCUUCUACUUGAGCAGUUUCCUUCACUCGGAACAAAAGAAACGCAAGCUCAUACACCCCAAACGAGCCAAGUCUAACACCAGCCUCGUGAACAUCCAGGACAGGUUAAGCUGAGGAGAGAGAAGGAUAAGGAAGAAAGCAUUAUGAUGAAGAAAUGGAUGAGGAGGAAUGUUCCUUUGGUUUGUCCAAAACCUCUCCUGUAUGCAAAUGUCAUUUCCUCUGUGACUGUGGUUUCAACCAGUUCUGUAAUGACAGAGAAGUCAAAAAGAGCUCCCCCUGUGGGUGAGAAGGAUGCCAAUCAUAUUGUAUUUUUUUUCCUAAGAUAUUAUAGCAAACGGAAACAGAAUAUUUGUAACAGAAGACUAGUUAUAAUUGCACUGUUCAUGUCCCGCUUUGAACCGCCUACCCCCACCCCACCCAUUGCUUCUACAACAAACAAUAGAAAUGCACCAUGACCUGCUGCUGAUUUAAAAGCAAUGGGGAGUUAGUCUAUUUUUUUGUAUUUAAUUAUAUGUGUCAAGAGAUGAGAAAUGGAUUUUGUCUCUACUGUAAUGCCGCUGUGACACAGACUGUCAGACAGAAAGCACUUGAUGUCUCUUAGAUGUGACAUAUACCUACCGUGUAAAAGUGGAUGACAGCUGAGGUCCAAAAUUAUUGGUCACAUUUGGGAAAGAUGAGCAAAAAAAAAAAAAAAUAUAUAAAUGAUAUUCAUUUACUAAUACAAUUGCUCAGAGAAAAUAAUUGGCACCCCUGUUUUCACUACUCCAUCACCCUUACCUUACAUGUGAGCAAAGCACUCUUUUUCAUGUCAUCCAACAAAUGUAAACGCCUGGAGCUUGCUAAAUGGCAUUUGCACUUGGAUUGGAACUGGUGCUAUGGUCAGAUGACAUGAAAAUCGAGCUCUUUGGCCACUCAUACCAGUGGAAUGUUUUGCAUCAGAAUAAAGAUGCUUCUGCAGAAAAUAUACCCCUCUACUGUAAAAUAUAGUGGAUCUUUGUUAUGGGGCUACCACUGGUCCUGGGGCCCUGGUUAAGGUAAAUGGUAUCAUGAACUUUACGUAGUACCAGAACAUUUUCGCCAGGAGGCUGAAACUUGGCCACAAAUAGACCUGCUAGCAAGACAAUAUCCCCAAGCACAUAUCAAAUCCACAAAGAAAUGGUUAAUUGGCCAUAAAAUCUCUCUCUGGACUUGAAAGCCAUUUAAAACCUGUAGUUCGCAUUGAAGAGGACAAAGACGAAGGAUAUCAGGGAUCUGAAAAGAUUAUGUAUGAAGGAAUGGUCUGAACAAAUCAAUGUUUUUUGUUCAUGUACACAGUUUAGCAAAUGUUAUAGCGGGUGCAGCAAAAUGCUUAUGUUACUAGCUCCUAACCAUGCAGUAAAAUGUCAAAUGGGUGGGUCAAUGACGGAUAAGGUUUAAAAAAAGUGUUAAUGCUUAUUAAAGUUAUUUCUACCUUCUUUCGUGUGUGUGUGUGUGUGUAUAUAUAUAUAUAUAUAUAUAUAUAUAUAUAUAUAUAUAUAUACACACACACUAUCGAUCAAACGUUUUACGAAGAAGGACAGUGAUGGAAUGCUGCAUCAGAUUACCUGGCCUCCACAAUCCCCUGACCUCAACCAAAUUGAGAUGGUUUCGGUGGACCACAGUGUGAAGGAAAAGCAGCCAACAAGUGCUCAGCAUCUGUGGGAACUCCUUCAAGACUUUGAAAAGCAUUCCAGGUGAAGCUGGUUGAGAGAAUGCCAAGCGUGUGCAAAGCUGUCAUCAAGGCAAAGGGUAGCUAUUUUGAAGAACGAAAUUUAAAAUUAAUUUUGAUUUGUUUAAAAACUUUGGGAUCGGUGUCCUUUCCACGGGACGGUUGAGAUUACGUAGGCUAAUGCGACUAGAAUUAGGUUGUAAGUAACAAGAAAAUUUCCCAGGACAUAUUGGCAGAAAGAUUAACAAUACUUUAAGCUAACUGCACUGUCCAAUUUACAUGAGCUAUUACAGUGAAGGAAUAACAUGCUAUUGUUUGAGAAGAGUGCACAAUUUUGAACAUAAGUUAUUAAUAAACAAAUUAGGCACAUUUGGGCAGUCUUCAUACAAUUUUUUUAACAGAAAUGCAAUGGUUCAUAUGAUAAGUCUAAAACUUUACAUAUACACUGAUGCCAUCUAGUGGCCAAAAUCUAAAUUGCACCUGGGCUAGAGUAAUACAUGCCCUUUCUCUUGCAUUUCAAAGAUGAUGGUUAAAAAAUAAAAACAGUUAUUUUUCUUUGUAUUAUCUUUUACCAGUUCUAUUGUGUUGUAUUCUACUACAUCCCUUUCACAUUUCCACAAACUUCAAGGUGUUUCCUUUCAAAUGGUACCAAGAAUGUUAUUUUAGGCGAGAGUGUAAAAAAGGGGCUAAUCCUUAAGAGGUUUAACACUUUUUUGGUUACUACAUGAUUCCAUAUGUGUUAUUCCAUAGUUUUGAUGUUUUCACAAUUAUUCUACAAUGUAGAAAAUAGUAAAAAUAAAGAAAACCCUUUGAAUGAGUAA